GCGGAGCCGCGUCCCAAGGCCGUCCGCGAGGCGCUGCGGGACGAGGACGAGGACGGGGCCACCCACGCGCCCUUGUCUGAGUGCCUGGCCGCGGCGCUUAAGGCGAAGGGGCUGGUGCUCAGUUGCCCAGACCCAUUUAUCCCUUGCCCAGCCUGCAAGGCAGGCGAGACGAGCUGGUCCUUCCAGCUGGGCGUCGGGGUCGUGGCCUACCUGCUGCUGGAGGCGCUGAAGGCGGCGCUGCGGCUGGCGGGUGGCCAGGGCCAGCCGAGUGCGCAGCAACUACUGAUGGCUGGCUCGUUCCAUUGCGUGCGGUAUAGAGUGCCAUGGCCUGUGUUCUGGCAUGAGACGCUCACCACUGCCGAGCGCGGGGCUCUCAGCUACAUCCUGACGCCAGACUUUGACGACUACGACGAGCCGAACGCCCCGGGGCCCGACGUGGCUGAGGUGGUCCGCCUGGCUGGGCAGGGUUGCAACCACCCGGCCCUGGCGGCCGUGCGCGUGUGCUGCUUCGGGCGCUUCCCAACGGCCGCGGAGGCUCUGGGCGCUGUGUGGCGGGCAGUGGCAGCAGGCUAUCCCCCUCCGCCAGAGGGGCCGCUGAUGCUGGACUUGGCGGCUGGCAACAUCCUCGGGGUGGCCGCCUGGCAGCGCCCGCUGGCCAACCCCGCGGCAGGCGCGGCGCUGGGCGGCGCGGCACCGGCCGGCGCCGCGGGCGCGCCAGGCGCACUGGCGGCUCCGGGCGCGCUGGUGGCGGUGCCGGGCGCGGCGGCUCCAGCCGCUGCCGGCGCGGCAGGGGUGGGCCUUGCCGGCCUCGUCGCGGCCCCGGUGCCGGCGCGGGGGCGGCGGCGGCCGCAGGCGCGCCGGCGGCCACGGGGGCUUUGGCUGCUCCCGCCGCGGCGCUGCUUGCGGCCGGGCCCGCUGCGGGCGCGGCGCCCGCCGCCGCCGGAGCAGCUGCCGCGGCUGCGCCAGCGACCAGACCUGCGCGCGCUGGCGGCCGCCCGCGACGGGCGGGGGCAGCGGCGCUUGGACUUCCGCGAGGGCGUGCUGGCGCAGUCCGAGCACGCGUGGGCCGACUUCCCAGUCCGCGGGCCUCGGACCACACACUGGGUGCUCCAGUGCAUCCAGCAGCGCGGAGGCUCCCCGCGCGCGCGCCACUCGCGCUGGCUGACCGAGGUGGGGCUGGAUCCAGAUGACGCUGGAGUCGAAAUGCACCUGUUGUGCUGCCGGCUCUUGGAGACCAUGAUCUCGCACGAUCAGUUCAGCGCGUGUGAUCUGGCAAGUGCCGAGCUCAUCGCGAGGACGCUCCAAAUGCAGGUGCGAGGCGACGUCUGCAUUGCCCCCGUCUUGCAGCAGUACGUGUCGGCCGAGCUGACUCGCGAGGUGGUGAUACAGAAGGAGCUCAGGAGGGCUCGUGAGGAGCGGCAGCUGGCAUCAGGCGCUCCAGGCAGCAACGACAAGGACAAGAAGGGCAAGAAAGGCGAGAAGGGCAAGGGGUCAGUGUGCGCCAGGUGGUGGCCCGGGACCCGGCCUCCACCCACGAUGGCUUUGAAGGGCUGCAGGGCCCACCCGGCCUCCAGAAGGUCGGCGGCAACGAGCGACGUCGAGAAGUUCCUGAUGGGCGACGUCGCCAUAUAUUUCAUCCACCUCUUCUCGACGCCAUCGCUGCCCUACCUGCUCCUAGCUCUGCGUCGCGCGCUGUGCGUCGUCGCGUUCUCCGUGGCGAGCAUGACGAGCUCUUCGCUCGAGAG